AUGAAUAAUAAUUAGAGUUAUGUUUUUCAAAAUCCAAAUAGCACUCCUUCAUUUCUAAAUUAAGUAUAGGUUGAAAAUGCCUUUUUAAAGUCUGAUUUGAAUAAAUUGAAGGAACAAUAUAAAGUGGCUAUGGAAAGUAAUUAGGAACUUAGAAACAAAAAGGAGUUCCUUGAAAAACAGGUCUGUAAUUUACAAUAACAAUUAAAUCAGAGAGAUCAGGAAUGCAAUAAUUUAAGAAAAUUCCUUGAAGAAUCGAAAAUCUACUUGGAAAAACAAUAGGAAUUGAAGAGUAACUGCAUUGAGCUUCAGAUGACAAAUUAAACAUUAUAGAGAUAAUUAAACUAGUUGAUUCAGAAUAAAUAGAUCGUAGAAAUCGAGUUUAAGUGUAAACCUGAAUCUGGGUAAAACAUAAACGAGGAGGUGAUUCAUUUAAGUUGGAAGGUGUAAAUCGAUAACUUGUAACUGUAAUGCAAGAGGAACAAGAAACAAGUUGAAAUUUAAGGAUAUGGAGAGAUAAAUGAUAAUCUGUUUAUAUGCUAUUAGAAAUGUUUAUUAUCGAGGAUCCCAAUAUCAGAAUAGCCCCCAGUGAUUAUAUAAAAAGAAUCUGAGCUAUUAAUAAAAUACCAAAUUUGAUAUUUGAAUAAAAAAAAUUAA